CUAUAGUAUAGCAAAGAUUUUUAAUUUUAUUUUACCUUGUAAUGUUAUACUCUAUAUAUCUAUCAUAUAACAAUAUUUUAUACUGUAGAAAUUACUUCAACACUCUUUUGGCUUCUUAAGCUUACCCGUGAACAGUUUAUGUUUAAUUUACCGACACAUCCUAGGGAUUUAUUUUUUUACAAGUUACUAAAUCUUCUUGGUUGGUAAAAUCUAUCUUUAGGAGAAAAAUGUAACACAAGCAGCAUCUACAUUUCAUUUAUAUAAUUGAAAAUCACAAAUUUGGUUUUAUUUUAGAGUAUCACUUAUUGUACUUUUAGUGGUGUUUUUGCACUCUUGAUUUUAUUUCAUGAUCAUUGCUAAGUUGGACUUAAACCACAUUUUGAGGAAGGAGUUAAAUUGUUUGUUACCAGGACAUUUGAUCAAGAAUGUUGUCGGACAGAGGGAGAAGUGAGAUGUUCGUAUUCUUUAAGAAAUUAAUUUUUUAAUUUCUAACCAUCUUGUUUAAAUUUCUAUAUUGUAGGAGAAGUGUGUAUGGUACACACUAGAUGAUGAGCUGGUUGAGAUUAAUUUUAGGAAAAGAGCAUCAGCACGACUUUCAGACAUGCUUAGGCUUGCUAGACUUGGAUAUGAAGAAAGAGGGAUCAAGCCUCCAUGGAUGGACGAAAAUGUGUUUAAAGAAAAAAUCUGAAAAAGCAAAGCAGCGUAGAGCAUCAGAAAGGCAAGCCGCUAAUCAUAGAACCGAAAGCAUUAGUAUUGUUGAUCAUGCUGAUCGAUUGGUUGUGGCUAAGAUAAGAACUCCACUAAUGCAAGAGCUUCAGGAGAGGACUUAUCGGGAAAGAGAUGGAGAGUAUUGCGACGACCGUGCUAGAGAUACUCAAGCGGAGUACCAAAGGUUGAAGGUAGAGAUUUUAGCUAAACAUCCUGAGUUAGGUGGUCCACAAGGGCGACAUCCUCUUGAUCCAGCUAUUGAUUAAUAUUUGUGGUUGAAAGUAAGUAAGGGAAGGAAUAAAAAUGGAAAAUUUUAUGCUAGUGGACCUUUAGCUGGCAACUACAAAAAAGGGGAUAUGUUUUCUUUAUUUAGGAGAAUUGCAUACGGGGAAGGGUCUUCACGUCCUCCGACAUUAACCCCUGAAAUAACUAAAACAAAUAGACAACUAGCUCAGAGUGAAGCAGCACGCGAAAAUGAAACAUUGAGAAAAAACAAAUGGAGUUGGAGGAAGCAUUGAGACUUUCACAAGAGCAAAUAAUGCUUACACAACAACAAAUUCGACAAGUAAAUGCAACAACAAAUGCAACAAAUACAACAGUAAAUGCAACAACAAAUGCAACAAUUAUUUCAACAACAAUAUGGUGGUGGUGGAUUUGGAGCAAUUGGUAACCAAGGAGUGGUAGAUCCCGAGUGAAUAUUAUUUUGAAUUUAAAUAUUUUUGAUUAAUUAUGAAUUUCGUUAUAUAAGUAUGAAUUUAAAUAUUUAGAAUUAAUUAUAAAUUUAGUAUUUUUAAUUUUUUUUGAAUUUAAAUUAUUUAUUAUAUUUAUAUUAUUCUAAAUAUUAAUUUUAAUAUUUAGAAUAAUAUAUUAAUAUAUAUUUCUUAUUAUAUACGUUACUAUUUGUGUUGUUUAUUUAACAUGGUAUCUCAAAAUAUUUGUCAGGUGAAUUUCACCUUACAAGUUUUUGAAUAUUCAAAUAUUGCUAGGUGAAACUCACCCCGUAAGCCACCUAACAUACUGUUACUCCUGCUUUGAACCAACUGUGUCACCUGCGCUGAAUCAACUGUGUCGCAUGGAACGAAGUUGUCUGUAAUUCUUGGAAAGCGUGUUUGCUGGGUGCUUCAAAGCUGGAAACGUUGCGGGGUGAAAAACACCUGGAAAAGUUGCAGGGUGCGAAUCCCCUUGCAAAAAGUUGCGACUAAUGUUUUUGCAAGGUGAGCGUAUCACCUCGCAACAGUUGCGUUGCAAGGUGAUAUUUGCAUUUGCGGGGUGGUUUUCACCUGACAAACUUGAGUUUUUUUGUAGUGGAAGAACUUUGAAUUGGCAUGGUUGUAUGUGUUAUUUGAAUAUGAGUGGUCCUCUAGUGAGUUGUUUAGAGUUAUGAAUGCAACUUUGGUUGAUGUAAUGUUUGAAUUAGGAAUUAGGAAUUAGUUCAUGUUAUAGCAGCCUUAGGUAAAUGGAUGGUUUAUUUGAACUAUGGCUUGUGGAUUGAUUAUAUAUGCAAACUUGUAGCAUGACAUGUUUGUAUUGAUUAGUAACUUGUGUUGUACAGGAAGAUUAUGUGAAUCGUUUGAUACAAGCCACACAAAAUGAUAAUAAUGUUGAUGAGUCAGAAAAGCUACAAUUAUGAAAAGAAGUUGUCGGCGGUAAGUCACGAGGCCGGUGUUACGGAACUGCCCGAAUGGUGGUUAACGUACAAUAUGAAGUGUCUUACUUGACAUAAAUGUCCGUUUCAAACCCGACUAGAGAAGCGGAUAGCCAAACCAUUGAGACGGCUAAAGCCGAGGCUUCUAAAGCAUGAAGAGGCUACAUAAGCUAAUGCUCGUGUAGAUAAAACUAUAGUUGAGACAACAGAUUUGAAAAGAUAAUUUGAAGAAUUUAUGUACAAGA